AAAAUAAUAUUUUAAAGCAAAAAUAUCCUUUACAGCUCGGUUUUAAAUGAAGAAAAACGUCUACGAGGGAUUUAACUAUGGACUCGUACUUUAAUUUCAACGAAAAGUAGCUUUUUGAAUUUUAAAAAAGGACCUUUGAAGCACGAGUUUCUAGAGAAAUGGAGUUUUGUCUUUAGUGAUGACAACUUAGGUCCUCAUUGUCCUUUAUAUAUCUGUGUUUUUUGUUUUAAAUGUUGACUAAAAUACAAACACUUUAUAAUGGAGUUAGUCAACGAUAUCUACAAAAGCGCAAGACAAGGUUCUUCGUCGAACUUAAAGAUCCUUUUGAGCAGCUUCAAGUCCAAAGCUAAAGAAAGAAGUAAGCUGAUUGAGCACAAAACGAAAGAUAAUGACCAGAUAACGACUCCCUUGAUUAUAGCUUCUCGUAAUGGCCACAUCAAGUGUGUAAAGAUUCUUCUGUCUUACGACGCUAAUAUAGAAGCAAGAGGGACUGUUAAAAUUGAUGAUCAGAUUAUUGAAGAGACAUCAGCUUUAUGGGCGGCGGCAGCAAAAGGUGAAAUGGAAAUUGUCAAGCUGUUAAUCAAAAAGGGGGCAAAUGUUAACUCUAGGACUAAGACAAACUCCACGCCUCUUAGAGCUACUGCAUAUGAUGGGAGACUAGAUAUUGUAAGCUACCUAGUUGAACAUGGAGCUGAUGUUAAUGUGAAGAAUAACUUUGAGAACACUCCUUUGAUGGUAGCAUGUUAUAAUGGUCAUAGGAGUGUAGUUAACUAUCUGAUUGAGAAAGGUGCUAAGGUUGAUGCUCAAGACAAACAAGGGAAUACUGUACUUCACUAUGCUGUAGAACGAGGACACUUAGAUAUUGUCAAAGAUCUGGUUGCUAAAAGAGCUUCACAACUUGCCAAUAAUCUUGGCUUAACACCAUUACUUCUAGCAAGUAAUGACUGUAAGAUUGAAAUGGUUGAAUACUUCAUUGCUAGACCAGACUGUAGCAAGUUAAAUGAAAUACACAGCCUUGAACUCUUAGGAGCAACAAUUGCUAAUGAGCCAGAUGCUUAUGAUAUCGAUAAAGCCUAUGAAUUCAUGAUGCGAGGAAUGAGGAAACGCUACAAGGGAGAUAAAUGUGUGAUAAAGAAAGAUGUCCUUCCCCCAAUACAAGCAUAUCAAAAUAGGAGUGAGUGUCAAACUGAAGAUGAGCUGAAGGACAUCCAGAAAGACUCUCAUGCCAUACACAUGGAGGGAUUAGUGGUGAGAGAAAGAGUUCUUGGGCCCAAAAAUACUGAGCUACGCUUCCCUGUUCGCUACAGAGGGGCUGUCUUUGCAGACUCGGCUAAUUUUGAGCUGUGUAUAGCACUCUGGAAGCAUGCAAUGGACAUUGGGCAACAGAAUGAUCUGGCAGUUGUAGACGACCUGAAGAUUUUUGGAGACUUUUUUUGUCACAUGAUUCAACGUAAAGUGUUUCCAAGCUUUGCAGAUGUUUUUGAUGUCCUUGAGCAUGCGGUUCUAGAGUAUGAAAAAUUGAGUCAAAAGAUUCAGAAAGCUGAAGAAAAUAAAUCAAAAACACUGAAAGAUGAUUUGGAAAGUGUCAUGCACAGGUCACUUUAUCUUCUCACAAUAUUUGAGCAGCUUAAUCUCACGGAAUCUGCAGAGAAAAUGCUCCAUCAGCUGUUGUAUAGAUAUCUUUGUAUGAAUCCCAGGACGAAACAAGGCAAAACGCUUGUUCACUUGGCUGUUUCAGGUGCAACACCUACCGACGAGCAUUACACUAAAGAUGUCUGUACCUAUCCGUGCUAUAAGACGACCAAGCUUCUGCUUCAGACAGGUGCUCAAGUGAAUACUAUUGAUGAUGAAGGCAAUACUCCUCUUCAUACAGUAGUGAUGACCAAACCAAAACAGGGACAACAAGAAACAAUGGAGAAGAUCAUCUCUUCUUUAUAUGAUUCUGGAGUUCAUGAGGAUUUGACCAACUCUGCUGGUAAAACUGCCCUUGAGGUUUCAGCUUCUAAAGAACUGAAACAGUUCUUGAUUGUGAAGAGGAGAAUUCUGUUGAAGUGCCUUGCUGCUCGUGCUAUCAAACAUUAUCAACUUCAAUUUACUGGCUUGGUUCCCAAAUCAAUGGAAAUGUUUAUCACUGCUCAUUGACGACGCUGUAGUGUGAAGGGUUGAGGGGACAAGAUGACUGCAGAACACUUGGUGAGGCUAUAGAAAGAUUGAAGGCAAUGAUUAAGCAUAAUAAAUGAGCUGGGCUGUAUAGAAAAUAACAUAGGCCCUGAACAUUUUCACAAAACAUCCAAAGAAUUUGCUAUUAGAUUAAGAUUUAUAAGUACCUUAGUAGUCUGUUUGUAAUUUCUCAUCUGGGCUUCCCAUGUCAAUGAGAUACUCUUUCAGUCUAAACUGCAGUUCAAGGUAUUCAAAGCACACAAAAGAACUCCAUUUGAUCCUUGAACCGAUGUGUGCAAACAAGUCUAGUAAUAAUUAGGUUGAUCUUAUCUUGCACUAUAAUUUUUUUCACAUCCUAGAUCUUACUGUAUACAUGUAGUAUGAUAGCUGUUAUAACUUUUGACAAACACCUAUAUGCAUGUAGGUGUAUUGGUAGUGUAUUUGUAUAAUUAUUUUGUUAGCUUCAUUACAAAUAUUUCAUGCCAUUACGUGGCUUUUCAAAUCACUUAAAAUUAAAUAUCUGAACUCAUUAUUUUGCUAUUAUUGAGGAUUUUGUUCAAGAAAUCGUUUUCAAUUGCAGUAAAGGAACUUAAAUAAAUUUAUUAACAUUUAGCUUAGUCAGCUGAUAAAUAUCCAAUAUUGUGCAAAUUUUAAUUUCUCAUUGAUAACAAAUAAAUCAUUGUAUGUUUGGCUAUCAGAUGUUAAUACAAUAUAACAAAUAUCAAUAUAAGGAAAGAUAUUGGGAUAAAAAGCAGGUACACUGCCACAAGACCACACCAUUGAAUUUCUAUCCUUGAAAUGAUGGGUUGCUUAUUCAAUUAUUUGGUUCUUUUAA